GGACUCUCGCACUGCAUUUUUGCUAUCAAGACCGAUGAAGGGCACUUGUUCCUCCAAAGAGUUAAUAUUAGCUACCCUGUCAACCAUGACUGCUCCAUCAAUUCUAUGCUAAUAUCUUAACAGAGGUCAGUGGUGGUACCAGCUACCUGCACUACACCCACACAUAUAACCGUACGCACAGAUAUAACACUUCUAUUGCAACCAGACAGAAUGAAGAGCCUGGAUGAGGCUCCUGGGAGUAAGACAUUCAGCGAGCACAACAACUGGGACCAAGAAAAUCAAUCGGCAGCAUCCCAUAAUACGAGUCUGCUCCUUGGUGAUCCGUGGACACCAUGCCGACGGUCCCGCGCAACUGUCAAAGAGUGGCUGUUGAAGCUGAGGUGCUGUUUGGGAACAGUGUGUGGAAUGGAGUGGUAUUGCUACGCCGCUCUAGGAAUUUUGACUGCCAUCCUUAGCUUUUUAAUGGAUCUAAGUGUGACAAAGCUGCUGAGAGCUCACCAAUGGCUUUAUAUAAAGCUGGAGGGCAACAGUCUGCUGCAGUUCUUCUGCUGGACUCUUUACCCAGCAUGCCUUUGUGCUGUCUCAUCAUCAUUCUCCCACAAUAUCUGUCCCUUCUCCACAGGUUCGGGGAUACCAGAGCUGAGAACCAUGCUGGCCGGUAUUGAAAUGCCUCAAUAUUUGUCUCUCACUAAUAUGUUUACCAAGUAUCUGGGCCUUAUCUGUACACUGUCAGCAGGCAGCACUGUUUACCUGGGCAAAGUGGGUCCAUUUGUGCAUCUUUCCACCAUGGUUGGAGCCUACCUGAGCAACCUCUGCAAUCUCAUACAAGUCAAUGAGAAGGAAAAAGCUGCUGGAGAAAUGCUGGUUGUAGCUGCUGCAGUUGGUGUAGCCAGCUGCUUCGGAGCUCCCAUCACCGGUGUGUUGUUCAGUGUGGAAUUGAUGUGUUCUCACUUCGCCGUGAGGCAUUAUUGCCCAUGUUUCUUCUCAGCCGCCUGUGGGGCAUUGACCUUUCGCCUGUUCUCAGUGUGGAGUGGAGAUAGAGAGACUCCUCAGGCAUUGUUCAAAACUAAUUUCCCCAAUGCUUUACCUUUCUACCCGCUGGAGAUUCUGCCGUUCGCUUUCCUGGGGCUGCUGUGUGGAGCUGUGUGCUGCUGCUACCUCUUCUGCCACCGGUGGAUCCUGCGAUUCACCAAAACAAACCCGAUCUUCAUCAAAAUGCUAACGACAGAGAAGGGUCUAUACUCUGGCACAGUGGCCUUCUUCCUGGCAUGUCUGACAUUCCCUUACUCUGUUGGUCAAUAUAUGGUUUCUCAGUACACCAUGAAGCAGCUCCUGACCUCCUUAUUAGAUAACAGGCAGUGGAGCUCUCAAUCCCACAAUGCCUCUGUUCAACUGGGGAGCGAGCCUUUGUUGGAGUGGAGUUCACCAGGAAGUCCUUUCUACUUUUCUUUGGUUGUCUUUCUGCUCAUGAAGAUGUGGAUGUUGGUCCUCGCCUGCACUCUGCCUCUGCCAGCUGGAUACGUCAUGCCAGUGUUUAUCUAUGGUGCAGCUUUGGGCCGGUUGCUUGGAGAAGGAGUAGCUGGACUGACUUCUGGCCAGCAGUGGGCUUCUAUAAAUCCUGUAAAUCCUGGGGGCUACGCACUUGCAGGUGCAGCAGCCUUCUGCGGGGCAGUGACACACACCUUGUCCCCAGCUCUAAUGGCUAUAGAGUUAACUGGCCAAUUCAGCCACGCUGUACCCAUCCUCCUCGCCACUCUGCUGGCCAAUGCAGUGUCUCGCUCUGGGGACCGCCAGUCUUUCUAUGACGCAAUCUCCAUCAGCAAGAGGCUCCCACAUCUGCCCUCCCUGAUGAAGGUGUACCCCCGGCUGAAAUGUCUUGUCCUAUCUGAUGCUCACUCAAAGCAUUGCGGCAGGUGGAAGGAUGGAUUUUUACCAGCUUAGAAGCAGGCUAAGUAAUGGCUGAGUCACUGGUAUUGAUCAACCACCUACACAUCUACUAUUCUCAAUUUAUAUUAUUGCAGAAAAAAUACCAUUGAGGAUAUUUCUGCAUUGAAAACUAUUUAUUAUACUUCUCAAAGUAAAGCAUCUUUAAUUCAUUAUGCUCUGGGAGAAAUCCACUUUUUUCCAGACAGUAGCCUACAUCUGCCAGGAAAUUCACUUGUGAUGAACAUUCUUUUCCCAUUAAAAUGUGAAUGGGCAAGUACGAAUACUCUACACUCUCUCCAACAGUUUUGUUUAUUGAUGUGGUCUUUGUAGCCUACUGUAGGCCGCAACGAAAUGAUCCGCCACUAUCUCUCAACAUAUCAGUUGUUAAUAAUCUACUGGUGUAUAAUACUAAUUGAAAGCACUAAUUAAAGGUGCUGUACUUAAAAUAAUGAAAAAACAGAAGGCUGGGAUUGCCUCCACACGGCUCUCUCAUACCGUUCCCCAAUAUGUAACAUACCUACACUUUUCCAGACUGUCCUCAUCCAGAAAACAGAGAUGGGGACUCGAGUUUCAGACUCGGACUUGAGUCACACUAAAGUCUCACACACAGUGACUUUAGACUUGACUUGAGACUUGUCCUCAAAAGACUUCAGACUCGACUCAGACUCGAGAUACGGGACUCGUGAACAAUCUUUAUUUUUUAGGAAAUGUGAUGAUGACCUGAAUGUUAUUCCCAUCCCUGCAUUACGGCGUAACCUAUAACCCACCUACGUAAGACGUAAUACGUAACGUAUCUGCUGCGCAUGGCCACACAUGACAGAGGAGAACAAACAUGUGACAUGCACAGGCAUUUGCUGUGCCAUUCAUCAUAAGCUUUGGCUUUAAACACUUCAGACAACAAGGCCCAAACAAAAGAAUCGCUGAAUGCUACAUAUGUGGUAGCAAGAUAAAGGAUUCUGGCUCAACCACGUCUGAUUUAAUCAGCCACCUGAAAACGUAUUCUGAUAAGUAGCAAACAUGUUUAGCUCAGCAUUGGCCAUCUAAUGUUAGCUUGCUUCUUGCUUUAGCUACGACCUACGGAGGUUAACUCCAACUGUUGUUCGAUUUAUGUUAUGAAAAAAUCAAUGAGCGUUUGUUUGUUUGUUUGUUUGCCAAACUUUUGGGGGGAAUUAGCGUUACGCAAUCAUUUACGUCCCGCUGGCUGCCACCACGUUAAUUAUUGACGUCGGCUGCAAACCGGUUAGAGAUUUCUUGUUGAUCAUAUAAAGUUUAUAUGUUACACUCUCUCCAACAGUUUUGUUUAUUGAUGUGGUCUUUGUAGCCUACUGUAGGCCGCAACAAAAUGAUUCGCCACUAUCUCUCAACAUACCAGUUGUUAAUAAUCUACUGUUGUCACCGAUUAGGUAUCAAAGGGAGGUCAUUUUGAAUUGUCAGUUUUCCUCACCAGGCAUUCUGCUAUGAGUAAAUACUAAUUGAAAGCACUGAUUAAAGGUGCACUAAUUAAAAUAUACUGAAAAAACAGCAGGCUGGGAUUGCCUCCACACGGCUCUCUCACAUCGUUCCCCAAUAUGUGGAAUACCUACGCACAUCAUAUAAAGUUUAUAUGAUCAACAGGGUAAUGUUAACUAAAUAAAACUGUAGUGACUACAGUUUUAUUUAGUUACCCUGGCUUUGAGAGUCUGGGGGUUGUGUUGACUUACAGUAGUUUAUAGGCUGACAUUAGGCCCGUUCGAGAUGAGCCAAGUCUGCGCAGAAUCGAUCACCGGCGAUCGCCGAUUAGAUUUGUGUCCGACUUGAUCCCGACUUGCUCUGACGUCAUGCACACAUGGACAAUGAUAACCUCACAAGAUCAAGGCAGCCGCAGGUUUGAGACGCAGGCGCGCAGAUGCUUUUUACCGACUGCAAGACCAAGGCAGAACCAGGGCAUGCUGAGAAAUGCUUUAUAUAAACUUUUUUAUUGUUUUUGAAUUGUCUGAUUUAAAGGCUUAUUCUGUACAGAACACAUGUUGUGUG